AUGGAUCGAGCUUACGAGUUGACCUAUUUCUACUACGGGCCCCAAGUACACAAAGACUUGAGGAUAGGGUCGUCAUGGCACCAAUUAAUGAUGUCACCUGGCAGGUACUUUGCCGCUUUCGAUCGAGGUUCCAACCCGUAUGGCCCAGGACCAGAAGUCACUGAUCCUGAGUAUCAAGGAUGUCACUUGAGGCCUUGGAUCGUGGAAGCACCCUUCAACUCUGUUGAAAUCUUCGAAGCUAUUCUCAAGCCGGAUAAACCGUUAAGAGUUCACAAAACUAGACUUGUCCGCCGGCAUCGUGCUAGCGUUGCUCUCUCGUCUGGGUUCCAUGGCCAAAGAGGACUCAUCGCACGACAAAGACGAUACGCAGAAUAUGCUCGCUUUCAAGGUCGCUUGGAGCAGGAUCGCGAGGUAUCGGUUUUAUACCUCCCUGCGAGGGAUUACGAUAAAAUCCUGGAUGCCGUUAAGCCUUUCUGUUAUCCCCUGCAUCUCGUACACCUGUCAAUACCUUGGCGUGAUAAGCUGAAGUUCCUAUCAGGUCUGAUACCCUACCAGAGACGCGGUCCUAGACGCAAGGCCACAUACCCAGAGGUACUACAGGGCUUCCUAAACCACCUGGGCAUACCCGACUGUGAUUUUCAACGCAGCCUACUUGAGCCAGGAAUCACACCGCUUCCCGACAAUCUAGAAGACUUGAUUGAGGGGAUACCGGGCGCGAGUAUUGCACUGCCAUAUUACCGAAAGGUCAGCGAAGUUACGGAGGGGGGUAUCAAGGAGGAGGAGGAAGGACACGGGCUGUAA